AUGAAGUCAAAGAAGAAUCAAGAUCUCACACUUUAUUGUGAAUAUCACAAGGUCACGAGCCACACAACAAACAAUUGCAUCAGUCUCCGACUGGAGAUUGAGCAAGCCCCGAAAGAGGAGAAGCUGCAACAUCUGUUGCCAGCUGCGCAAAAACAAACAAAGCGCAUCACCCCCCACAACGAGGGCACCUCCACGGGUAAACGGACCAUGUACGUGGCCUCAACCCACAAGAUAAAUGGAGGACGUAGAAGGCCGCGCAAGGCGGCACGAAGACUGGACAAUGACUGGAGAGAUGAACAAGUUAUCUUUCCAAAAGUCCGAGGCGGACCGCGCGAUAGGCGCACCGUCGUCAUUACAGGCUACCUGGCUCAUUACUGUACAGAGCGAUUAUUCGUCGACCCGGGCAGUACUUCCGACAUUAUAGAUGAGCAGUGCUUCAACCAGUUUGAUCCAGAAGACAAAGAUCGGUUGCAGCCGGUAGAUUACCCUCUGGCCGUAUUUGCGGGAGAAACCGUAUUCCCCCUGGGCCAAAUUACUUUCCCUGUGCACCUCACCAACGGGAGGCACACAAGAAUAGAAGAGGUAAAUUUCAUGGUUUUACCUCACGCCUCCAGAUACGAUGUACUUCUCGGGCGAGAAUUGUAA